UGUCUCUCCAGCAUACGCCCAGCAUGACCGUCAGCAACUCGACGUACCGAACUUCCUCCGCCGACUGGUGGCGCCAGGCGCUCGUCUACCAGAUCUACCCCCGCUCGUUCAUGGAUGCGAAUGGCGACGGAAUCGGCGACCUCGUGGGCAUCACCUCCAAGAUCCCCUAUCUGAAAGAUUUGGGCGUGGACGCCAUCUGGCUCUCGCCCUUCUACCCCUCAGCGCUCAAGGACGGUGGCUAUGACGUAGCCGACUACCGCAAUGUCGACCCAAAGAUCGGGACGCUCGCCGACUUCGACGCGAUGACGGCAGCCUGCAAGGCCGCGGACAUCAAGGUCAUCGUGGACAUUGUGCCCAACCACUCGUCGGACGACCACGAGUGGUUCCAGGCAGCUCUCAAAGCCGCGCCCGGCUCGCCCGAGCGCAACCGCUACAUCUUCCGCGAUGGGCUCGGGCCGAACAAGGACCAGCCGCCCGCCGACUGGGAGUGCAUGUUCGGGGGGCCGGCGUGGGAGCCCGUCGGCGACGGCCAGUACUACCUGCACCUUUUUGAUGCGUCUCAGCCAGACCUGAACUGGGAGAAUCCCGAGGUGCGCGCCGACUUCAUCAAGACGCUGCGGUUCUGGGCGGACCGCGGGGUGAGCGGGUUCCGCAUCGACGUCGCGCACGGGUGCGCCAAGAAGGUUGACGAGAUCCUCACCUCCAACUCACUGCACUCGCAGGAGGAGGUGCACAAGCUCUCGCUCCAGAUGCUCGAGGGCACGCUCGACGACGACGCCCACCCCUACCUGGACCGGAACGAGGUGUUUGACAUCUACCGUGAAUGGCGCAAAGUGUUCAACGAGUACGACCCGCCUCUGACGGCGGUGGCCGAGGCGUGGGUCUCGAGCAAGCGCAAGCCGCUGUACGCAGCGGCCGAUGGGCUGGGUCAGGCGUUCUCCUUUGACAUGCUCAUGGCGCCAUUCGAGCCGGCGGCUUUCAAGAAGAUCAUCGUCGACUCGCUCGACGACGCGGCGAAGAGCGGCUCGUCUACGACAUGGGUGUUCUCGAACCACGACGUGAUCCGGCACGCGACACGCCACGCCCUCCCCGACGAUGGGGGCUACCACGAAACGGCGCGCAAGUACCUCCUGAACCGGGGGCGUGCGCCCGUCGCCGACCUCGAGCUCGGAUUGCGCCGCGCGCGCGCAGCCACCAUGAUGAUCCUCGCCCUCCCCGGAUCAGCGUACAUCUACCAGGGCGAGGAGCUGGGUCUCUUUGAAGUCGCGGACUUGCCCGACGAGGAGCGGCAGGACCCCACGUUCUUCCGCAAGCCGGGCGUCGACGUCGGCCGCGACGGCUGCCGCGUCGCCAUGCCGUGGAGCGCCGAGGGGGAGAACAUGGGCUUUGGGCCCGGUAAGCGCCCCCACCUCCCCCAGCCGGAGGGGUAUCGCGCCCUCGCAGUCGACGUGGAAGAUAAAGACCCACACUCCACCCUCAACCUCUACCGCCGCGCACUGGGGCUGCGGCACCAGCUCCAGUGCGCUGAGGAACUCGAGUGGCUCAGCGACGACCGCGACACCGUUCACUUCAAGCGUCCGAACGGGUGGGAGGUCCUCGUUAACUUUGGCAAGGAGGCGCGCGCCAUCCCGUCCGACCGCAAGGUCGCGCUCGCAUCCGGCGACCUUGUCGACGGAUGUGUGCCUACCGACACCGCCGUGUGGCUCCUCCCUGCUUCCGCGUAGGGAUAAGAGAAUAGAGGGCCCUAGCUUGUGUAAUGUAUCCUGCCGAGAGGCAAUCCGCAACAGUCAGUAUCUCAUCAUGCAUGUGUACGAGAGGUG